AUGUUCAGACCCUCUAGGCCUUGUGGUAGUGGAGGGUCAUUAGUUGAGUUUGGAUUUCUUCCAUUUGAUUGGUUGUUGAUGUCUCUAGGCCGCUUUAAGCGUGUCCUCCCAGCCUUGGCUUCUUGUCAACAGCUGCCUGAGGACGGGAUCGACGAUGGGCGAAGAACUGGGAACCAUGGUCGUCGUGAGGUUCGAUACGGGGAGCUCCUCAUCACUUUCUAUUUUUUUUUUCUGGUUUUUGCCAUGAAGGCCAAGAAAGCCUCCCUAAACUCCGAAAAGAAAGCUUCCACGUUCGACAAAAAGCUGGUCAGAGUUUGGGGAAGCCAAGGAUGGAAUAAUGGUAGCUAUUCCUCGGGCCAGUCUAAGGAACCUGAUUAUGUCACUAGUAAUGAAGCUCAUAAAGAGGCUCAAAGGGCAGAAGGUAAUCAAAGGUCUCCAGAAAUCAUGGCUAGUUAUGUUCCGAAGGAAAUUUUUGAGGCUACGGUUGUUACCAGCUCAUCUAAGAUGGGGGAGAGAUCUGUGCAAGGGAGUAAGGAAAGAGAACUAGUGGUUUUUGAAGUUGAGAGCAGCCCUAUGGAGGUUAUGUUGCCAGGUGCUACCAAUAUAUAA